AUGGAUUUAAUAGAAGAAGAUAAAAUCUCCCCAUAUGCCUUUUGGGCCUUUUAUUCUUUAUACAAUCAUUUAAAUAAAGGCAGUAAAUUCGAAGGAAAUCAUAAGUCAAGUGAUCAUAUAAAGUUCGAUCCUUCGUUAAAUAUAAUAAAUCAGAAAUUGUUCCCCGAAUUUGAUCCAACUGAUUUUAAUGAAAAGAAAUCUUUAUUUAUCACUUGGAAGAAAAAAGCUAAACAUGGUAAUGAAUACCAUUUGAGAGGUUGUAUUGGUACGUUCUCUAAAUUACCCUGUUAUUAUGGUAUUGAAAGAUAUUCCUUGUUAGCAUCUUUAGAGGACCCUCGAUUUCCACCAAUAACAAAGAACGAAUUACCGCUACUUAAGUGUGGUUGUAAUAUACUGAGUAAUUUCACUACAAUCUAUUUAAAUAAUAACCAGACUAUUACUGGUGAUAUAUUAGAUUGGGAAAUUGGUAAACAUGGAAUAGAAUUAAAAUUUCGUUAUCCUUUUAAACACGGUAAAUUGUUGAGCGCCACAUUCUUACCUGAUGUUAUGGUAGAGCAAAGAUGGGAUAAAAGAGAUACAUUCAUUAAUUUGAUCGAGAAGGCCGAUGUGUUAGCUUCUCCAGCCGAGAUAUUCGAAAAUUAUGAUAAAUAUUUUGUUCAGGUAAUAAGAUACGAGGGACAUAAAAGUAUGAUUGCCUAUGAUCAAUUUGAAUCCAAAUUAAAAGAAUUAAAAAAUGUAUCUGAGUCUUUGUAA